AUGAACGGUAUGGAUAUUAUUGAUGGCUCGGGGACCAUCGAUCCCGCAAACUUGAGCAACUCCGUCUCUGUUGCCCUACCAGCACAUUCCCAUGCAAUAGCAAGCCCCCGUGGUGUCAAGCGUAAGGAACAAAGUCGCCGCAAGCGUGGCCGUCCCCCAAAGACUCCUAGGCCAAGUUCUAGUGACCAGGCCAUCGCAAGCACUCCUGUUCAAACCCCUCAAAUGCAAGCACGCCCACUAUCGCAAGCCACCGCCGGGUCGCCGUCUCUUGCAUCACCGGACAGCAAAAGCACACCAACGAAAGCACUGGUCAAGGCGCUCCCUACUGUGAGAGAUCACACAUCAGACCAGCUGAAUGAAGAAGGCGAUGAGUACAUCCCUAAGGAGUUUGAUGAAGCAGGAGAGACCAAGGCGGAUCCUAUGGGAUAUCCGCUGGGUGGCCGCGAAUACAAAUGCCGGACAUUCCGCGUUCCCCUCCGGGGCAGAAAGCUAUUCAUGCUUGCAACUGAGUGUGCGAGGGUGUUGAAUUACCGUGAUUCAUAUCUUUUGUUCAACAAGAACCGAUCGUUGCAUAAAAUCAUUGCUUCCCAGAUUGAGAAAGACGAUCUUAUCCAGCAAGAUAUCCUGCCGUAUUCCUAUCGGUCCCGCCAAAUCGCUAUCGUCUCAGCCAGAUCCAUGUUCCGCCAGUUCGGGAGCCGGGUAAUUGUGAAUGGCCGUCGCGUUCGAGAUGACUACUGGGAAACCAAGGCUAGGAAGCAGGGCUUCACGGAGGAUGACCUCGCGGGUGAGAAGCGCCCUGGGGCAGCCAAGGCUCGGGAUGGUUCCGUGUCAGAGCCAGCCACAAACAUGUUGCCGGCGCUGCCUCAUAACGAUGUUGUCUACAGUAAUGCCAUCGAGCCAUUGCCUCACGGGCUCUCGCUGGAUACUUCCGAAUCUUCUUUGUCCCUAGCUCCAGUCCCCAUGAUUCAAAUGUCGACGACGGAUGACCCGCGGCUGCGGGAUUACACUGUCAUGCCUCGUGCACGCCAGGAAUUGACCGGGCAAGCUUACCACGACCGCACGCAAACUAGUUCAGCAGCAGACCUCAUGAAUCAAGCCCAACACACGUCUGAUUUCAACAAAAUGCUGAGCAUUCAGCGCAGUUUCCGCCAAAAGGGCUUGGAUGAAUUUUACUCCAAGCCCCGCGAGGCCCCGGUUUCAGAGACCCAGUCUAAUGCUGCUCUUGAGUCUGGUCUGUCUGUGUCACAGCCUGUUCAAGUAUCACAGAUGCCCUCGGCCGGGAUGCCAAAUCCCGCUCAUACGCAGCAUAUGCUCCCUCAGCAGCCCCACCCCCAGUCCGCUGGACAGGCUCCCCUGAGGAUCCCACCAAAUAUGCAGCCCAAUCUUAUGCAACAGCGGUCCAACCCAUCCAUGGGCGGUGGUAUGGGUCAAGCUCCACCAUACGGAUAUACACCGCAACAACAGCAGAUUUGGGGACAGCCACCCCCACAGCCACAGCCAUCUCCGUUGCCGUCAUCGGGACACCAGGGCGUUGGAAUGUCUCAGUAUGGUCAACAAAUGUCUGCAGCUCCGCAACAAAGCCCAUCGCCCCUCGGGCAUCAUCCGCAGCAGCAACACCCCCACCAGUCUCCUCGCAACCAACAGCGACAGUCAAUACCUCAGAUGCCUCAGCAAUAUUCCCAGAUGCAACACCCUCAAGCGCCGCAGACUCAGGGUAUGCAGGGCAUGGGAUAUCCGGGAGCCAACCCGGCCGGUUAUCCGAGCAUGGCACGAGCCAUGUAUCCACCCAACCAGGGCCAACCCUUCAUGGGUGGAAACCCUCAACAGGCGGGUAUUGCAAUGAACAUGGCAGGCAAUGGUAUGCCUGGGUGGCCUGCCGGACCGGGUGGCCCGAUGCAACCCGGACAACCUCAACCGGGCCAGUCUGGCAGCCCCUUAGGAGGUGGGUGGUCGUACUAG